UUAUUUUAUUGCAAAUAGGAUAAAGUUUGGGUGAAAGUGUUUAGCCCAAGUUGGUCUUAAUAGGAUAAUACUUGGAUAUUUUACUUGAUAUUUUUGAGAAUUUUACUAUAUUUACAUCAUAUUUCAAUUCUAGUUUAUAAUAGUUAGUAGUUGCGGAAAUUUUUGUAAAUUUUUAAUUUAAGUGUAUGAUUGGUUUAAUUUUUAGAAAUAGCAAAAAGUAACUAUAGAGGUUUAGAAUUGAUUUUGGAAUGAUUUCGAAGUGUUUGAUUUUUCUAACUUAGAAUUGAUUUUGUCUCCAGAAUUGAUUCUAGUUGAAUCUAGAAUUCGUAGCUUUUGAAUUUAAACUUGAUUUUUACAUUAAAAUUUACUUUUCAACUCAAUUUUGCUUAAAGUUAUUUAAACAUAUAUCACUUACUUUCAACUACUCUUAACGAGAAUCAAUUUUAAAUAAUCAAUUCACGUGAAAUCAAAUUUUUUCACGGCAGAACCAAAGAAUUGAUUCUGGAUGUGUAGAAUUGAUUUUAACAUGUCUGGUUACUCUCAGGUAGAAUUGAUUAUGCUUUAUAGAAUUGAUUCUACUUGAAGUUAGGAUUUGUAGCUUUUGAAUCUAAACGUGAUUUUCUCAAUGAAAUUUACUGUUCAAUUCACUUUGCAGAAAUUUAUCCAAAAAUAAAUUUUACAUUCAACUCAUUUUUAGCUAGAUUCACUUUUACAAAAUCAAUUCACUCAAAAUCAAUUUUUCGCAGAACCAAAUACACGCUAAGUAUGCUAUGAAAAGUCUUUACUUGACUAGUUAAAAAGGGCGGUUUUUUGAAGUUCUUAUUGGUGUUAGACCCGAGCCGUUGUGGAGUCUUCUCAGUAAAAUGGGAGUUCUGUAUGCUCUAGAGCCAAUUUUUACUGUUAUUUUUGUAAUAAACAUGAACAUAGUGUGGGAGAAAGUUAUGGCAGCACUAAGAGCUCAGAUCUUUGGAAGACUAUUGAUUCAGAAGGUUGAGUUUUUUGACAAAUACAAGGUAGGUGAAAUCACUAGUUUGUUGACGUCUGAUUUGGGUUCUCUUAAAAACAUCGUUGGUGAGAAUGUUUCAAGGGAUCGCGGAUUCAGGGCAUUAUCUGAGGUCACUGGGACAAUAAUCAUACUUUUUACUUUAUCCCCUCAACUGGCUCCAAUUCUGGGUAUUCUGAUGAUAGCAGUUUCCAUUUCAAUUGCUAUCUACAAGAGAUCAACUUUGCCUGUUUUUCAAGCACAUGGGUUGGCUCAAGCUUCUAUAUCGGAUUGUAUAACUGAAACAUUUUCUGCUAUUCGAACAGUUCGAUCCUUUAGUGGAGAAAAGCGGCAAAUGUUUAUGUUUGCUAACCAGGUUCUAUCCUUCGAAUCGAGUGGUAUAAAGCUUGGAACUUUCAAAUCUAUUAAUGAAUCCCUGACUAGAGUUGCUGUUUAUAUUUCUUUGACUGCGCUAUAUUGUCUCGGAGGAAGCAAAGUUAAGGCGGGUCAACUCUCUGUUGGAACUAUGGCAUCUUUUAUUGGAUAUACUUUCACUUUAACAUUUGCGGUUCAAGGAUUGGUUAAUACAUUUGGAGAUCUUCGUGCAAGUUUUGCGGCUGUUGAGAGGAUCAACUCUGUUCUAUCUGGAGUUCAAGUUGAUGAUGCCCUUGCCUAUGGCUUAGAAAGAGAACUGAAACAAAAGGCAGGGAACGAUGAGAACUAUAAACUGUUCUUCUCUAAUAGUUCUGAUGAGAAAAACCAAAACAGCCAUUUGCAUUACAUGUCGGCAUUAAAAACAUCAAGCAACGUGUUUAGUUUAGCUUGGUCUGGAGAUAUUUGUCUUGAAGAUGUGUAUUUCUCUUACCCUUUAAGGCCAGAUGUGGAAAUUUUACGCGGAUUAAAUUUAAGACUAAAAUGUGGAACUGUAACUGCACUGGUGGGCGCUAGUGGUGCAGGAAAAAGUACGAUCGUACAGCUAUUGUCUCGUUUUUAUGAGCCAACAAGAGGUUGUAUAACAGUUGGUGGAGAGGAUGUUCGAACAUUUGACAAAAGUGAAUGGGCUCGGGUUGUCUCUAUCGUAAAUCAAGAACCUGUUUUGUUUUCGGUGUCUGUUGGAGAAAAUAUUGCAUAUGGACUUCCUGAUGACGAUGUUUCUAAAGACGAUGUGAUUAAGGCAGCAAAAGCAGCAAAUGCUCAUGACUUCAUAAUUUCACUUCCUCAGGGCUAUGAUACACUUGUUGGUGAGCGCGGAGGCCUACUGAGCGGGGGACAGAGGCAGAGAAUUGCCAUUGCCCGAGCUCUCCUGAAGAAUGCUCCCAUCCUAAUACUUGAUGAGGCUACAAGUGCUCUGGAUACCGUCAGUGAACGCUUAGUCCAAGAUGCUCUCAACCAUUUGAUGAAGGGGAGGACAACAUUAGUCAUAGCUCACAGGUUAAGCACAGUUCAAAAUGCUUAUCAAAUUGCACUCUGUUCCGAUGGGAAGGUUGCAGAACUAGGCACUCAUUUUGAGCUAUUAGCUAAGAAGGGCCAAUAUGCUUCACUAGUUGGCACUCAAAGGCUUGCUUUUGAAUAAAUUAUUAUGAAGGUCUUGUUAGUAUUUACUGUCAUACUAACCAAAGAGCAAUACAUGAGAUAUGGGGCUGGAUAAUUUUCUGGCUCGGAGAAUGCAGAAGGGGAUACUGGGUUUGUUUAAAAGUAUAUCACAACAAAGAGAAACAACAAAAAAGACAAGGAAAAAAAGAAAGAAAAGCAAAUGUAAUUAUUGUUUUAUGGCAUAUUGGUGUACAAGACCUCAUCUUAUGUUGAUAAAACGGUAUUACAGUUUGGAAUAAGAAGAUUUUUAUAGUUUCAUUGUUACCUUGGUGUCCAAAAAUGUACAAGUGCUAUAGAAUGCAGGGUAAUGAAAAAUGCCUUUGCACAAGUUGCAUUUUUACAAAUGGAUGAUUGAGUUUGGUAUAUUGGCUAGGUUCUUACUUUCUAAAAUUGUUGCAUGGAUUGGGGAUAAUCUUAUUGGGCUCAAAAGAGGCAGCCCACAAAGUGGCCCAGAAAGAACUGUAGCAGUGUCGGGCGGGCACGUUCCUUGGUCGCCCAACCCGAACUUAUGCCAUGACCCAGCUGUCUCAUCACACGUGGUCUCUAAGGUGUCCAGAAGAUGUCGGUCGGGGUCACACCAGUAAAGGAGGAAAUCGUCCCUCCGAUAUUUGAGGAAGAGUCGGUCUUUCUCUAUUUCCACGUUCUCGUUGGAAAAAAGUAGGAGAAUCUGUUUUCUCCCUAUUAUCCAACCCAAUAAGUCACCCAUUAAUAUUCGUGUCAUCAGGGGUUUAUGGGUUUAGUAUACGUUAAUAAACUAUCUGUAGAAAUGUUUUUUUUAGAAUACGUACAUUCAAUUUUUUGAAAUUUUAAACAUUGUUCUAUUCAACUCAAACUUUUUAAUUAUAUUAUUUUUAACUUGUGUCCCUUAAAGCACAAGUUAGUAAGACCCUUUAAUAAUAUGUUUAUCUUGGAAUAAGUUUG